GAACAUCCAAAUCCGGCUUGACGAUAUACGGUGGUUUUAUUAAACGAGGGGCUUACCUUCGAUAAAGUAAUAUAUUCAUAUAAUAUGAAACGCAGAAAAUAUUUCCGUAUUUGAAUGUUUAGUUAUCAUACAGGUACGAUACAAUAACCUAAAAAAAUAAGGAAGAACAAUCAUUGGUCUGUAGAUCAUUACUAAUGAGACGGAAUGUUUGUAAGAGUUUGGUCGAGCAUUCAAACGUGGAAUGAAUGAGGAAGAGUUAUUGACACGGUCAGCUGCGGAGCGUGAUAGAAUAUUCAGCUGCUAUGACCGUGGCAGAGAACAUGGAGCCCAAAUCGAUGCGUGGGAAGAUCCUGGUUAUGAAGUAUAUCAUACUACCGACAGAUAUGGGUUUAUACACGAUAAAAGAUUACCACGAAGGCUAGGUCCAACUGAAAUAAGACUUGAUCAAAUAGAAAUACAAAGAUUGAAAAAAUGGGAAAAAAUGACUAAACAAUGGGAAAGUUCGUCGACUAAGGAGAAAUUACGUCGUAGAAUAUAUAAAGGUAUUCCAAAUAGAUUUAGGGGUCAAGUAUGGACUUUAUUAUUAGGAAUAAAAACUCUAAAGGAAGAACAAGCAGGCAAGUAUGAAGAAAUGCUUAAACUUGCACGUCAUUGGUCCACCGAAAUUCGGCAAAUUGAUGCUGAUGUUGCUAGACAAUAUAGGGAUCAUAUCAAUUAUAGGGAGAGAUAUAGCAUAAAACAGCGGUCUAUGUUCUAUGUGUUAGCUGCUUAUAGUAUGUACAAUAUGGAAGUAGGUUAUUGCCAAGGAAUGUCUGUUUUGGCCGGUUUACUUUUACUUUAUAUGGAUGAAGAAGACGCAUUUUGGGGUUUGUCUGUAUUACUUGCCGAUAAAAAAUAUAGUAUGCAUGGAUUUUAUGUUGAUGGUUUUCCUAAACUAAAUCGUUUCAUCGAACAUCAUGAUAAAAUAAUGAAUAAAUUUCUACCAAAAUUAAAACGAAAGCUUGAUAAGUGUGGUUGCGAUUCUAUAUUGUACGCAUUGAAAUGGUUCUUUGUAGUUUUCCAAGAACGAACACCUGUUAGCCUUGGGCUUCGUAUUUGGGAUAUAUUUUUAUUGGAUGGUGAUCGCAUUCUACCUGCAAUGGCAUACACUAUCAUGAAAAUGCAUAAACGAAAUUUAAUGCCAAUGGAAAGUCUCGAUGAAUUCUGUAAUUAUUUGCAAAUUAAAUUGGAACAAGACUUUGGCUUUAUCGAUGAUACAGUAAUUAAUACUAUGGAACGUUGCAUGGAAGAACUUAAACGUGCCAAAUUAGAUUAUCCAGGCCCUCCUUUACCACAUGAAUUGCCGCAGUAUCCAGUUGGUACAUUUAAAGAACCCUCUUUCACUAGCAAGGUUGGACGACGUAGUGAAGAGUUCAGUGAAGCACAGCAUAUGAUGCGUGAGUCAGUAGUACAACGAAGGGAUAUGGCUCUUGUCGAGGAAGGGAGAGAAAGUACAACGCCGGUUGAUCCAAGUAGUGGUGGCCUUGGUGGGAGCAAAUUCUCAUUUGAUCCAAGUCUUGAUGAUGGUGCGUCUCCCAAUGGCUCACAUCGGUCUUUGGCUGACACAUCUGUUACCUCCACAGCUGAUCUUUCUGUAUUUAGUUCCGCGACACGGUCUCAAGCAUUAGACAAUAGUCUCGAUACUCAGAGCAAUGUUUCUAAUGGUAGUUCUGGUAGUGGUGGUUUACUUACACCAAGGGCAACACCUCAUCAACCAAGUCCUGAUAUUGUACGAAUCUAUGUACCAUAUACUUCACCUUCCGCAACUUCAUACAAGGACGAUCUUCCUCGUACCCUUCCUCGGUCUUUAGAAACGAAUAGAAUCCGCAUACGUGUUGAUCCUGAUCAAACUCCUAUAGUUGAACACCUCAAGCCACUUUCUUUAGAUAGUCCAGAGUUUGAAUUAGAUCUAAAAUAAAUAACAAAUAUGGACUAC